AUGCACUCAUUAGCCGAGCCGGAGGGUUUAGUACAAGUGAGCGCUCUCCAAGCUGGACAUCUUACAUUGCCAGAGCGGUUUUUCGUCCAUCCCGCCUCCGAUGUGGCAAGAAAGACAGUACCCUCUCUCUCAUUUCUAAUUGAACAUGUUGAACCUCGUUCUGGGAAGGUUACUCGGAUCAUAUUCGAUCUUGGCUUGCGACACCCAUCGAAUUACCCUAUCCCAGUUCAAAAUCAUAUUAAGACUCGUCAACCGUUGAGCGCAGAGCCGGAUGUUGUUAAGAGCCUGGCAGCUGGGGGUUUAUCCCCAGAUAACAUUGACUUCGUGAUAUAUUCGCAUAUCCACUGGGACCACAUCGGCGAUCCGAAGAUGUUCGGCAAAAGCACGUUUGUUACUGGUCCCGGCACGUCGACACUGUUGGAUGGAAGUAAUCUCGCCUUACGUGGAGGCCACUCAUUCUUCGAGGUUGACCUGCUGAGUGAAUCACAAGCAAUUGAGAUUUUACCAGAUGGAAAAUUCAAAAGUAUGAACACUAUGAAGAAAGGCAUUUCGUUUGAUGGUGAUAUUCCCAAUUUUAAUCAAUCCUGGGAGCCCCGAGGCUCUCUUCCACGAACAAUGGACAUUUUCCAAGAUGGAAGUGUCUUACUUGUCGACGCACCUGGUCAUUUGCCAGGGCAUAUGAACAUCUUUGCACGGACAGGUCAAGACAAGUACGUUUAUCUAGCCGGGGAUGCUUGUCAUGACCGACGCAUCAUGACCCGAGAAAGAGAGAUUGGGGAAUGGCAUGAUGAGCAUGGCCAUAUAUGCUGUAUUCACGCCAAUAGACAAGAGGCUGAAAGAACGAUUGGGCGUAUUAAGCAACUGGAGUUGGAAGGCGUCGAGAUUAUUUUUGCCCACGAUGUUGAGUGGGAGCAAAACCCGGAGAACCAGAAGCGAUUUUUUAGUGCAUGUUCAGAGAAGCUUUGA